AUGCCUGAAGCAACGAUGCCUCAGAAGCGCGUCUUGACUGACACCACAAACAACCAACGCAACUCGCUUCCCUCCCCCAACGCGAUGAAGAAACGGAAGCUCGACACUGAGCCAUCCUCUCAACUCAAGCCAUCCAUGCAGUCGACUCAGAGGAGAGGAGUGGGCUCUAGCCAGCCCCAGAAAAGCCAGUUUGAGGAGGAGGUCCUUGAGAAACUCACACAAGACAUUGGCGAUUUAAAGCGAAGCAAUGCCGAGAAGGACCAGCAGUGGGAACGCCCACCACUGGGCCAAUGGGACCCAGAGACCGAGAAUAUCUGUUUCCAGCAGAUUGAUGCCGAGGAGGGAAGAUUACCUGGCGACAAGAUGGCCGUUCGCUUGUUUGGUGUCACGGAGGCGGGUCAAUCUGUCUUGCUUCAUGUCACCGGUUUUCAACACUACCUCUACAUCGCCGCUCCCGUUGGGUUUACUAAAGAGGACUGCCAGCCUUACAAGGCCUUUCUCGAGACUAAAAUGGCACAGACGGUGCCUGUCAUUCAGUCCGUGGAAGUGACGAUGCGCGAGAAUAUCUAUGGAUUCCAAGGAAAUCAAAAAAGCUGGUAUCUGAAGAUCACAGUGACUGAUCCCAGGUUCAUUGCCAAGCUUCGCAGCGCGCUGGAGGCACAGUCUUCAACGAUGAAUUACAAGGGCCUGUGGGGCAACAUGGACAGUGGAAUCCUGACGUUUGACAAUAUCCAAUAUCUGUUACGUUUUAUGAUUGACACUGGGCUGGCCGGUAUGGCAUGGGUGGAGGCCAAGGCUAGCAAAUAUCAACUUGUGGCCGAGCAGGACAAGCAGUCAAAUUGUCAAAUCGAAGCCAUUGUCCAUUACAACGACAUGAUUGCGCACUCGCCAAACGGAGAGUGGGCGAAGAUGGCCCCUCUUCGUAUCUUAUCAUUCGAUAUCGAGUGUGCUGGUCGUCAGGGGAUCUUCCCGGAGCCCAAUGUGGAUCCUGUCAUUCAGAUUGCAAAUGUGGUUACUCGCUACGGAGAGACGAAACCCUUUGUGCGUAAUGUGUUCUGUCUGGACACCACUAGUCUCAUUGUGAACACUCAAAUUUUGGAGUUUGAACAAGAAGACAAAAUGCUCAUGGCUUGGAAAGAGUUUGUGCAAAAAGUCGACCCGGAUGUCAUCAUUGGGUACAAUAUUGCCAACUUCGAUUUCCCAUACCUGUUGGACCGUGCGAAACAUCUCAAGUGUACAUCGUUCCCAUACUGGACCCGUCUGAAAGGAACAAAAACAGAGGCCAAGGAGGCCAGCUUUUCCAGCAAGCAGAUGGGUAAUCGUGAGACGAAAGCCACAAACACCAAUGGCCGACUCCAACUCGACUUGCUGCAGUUGGUCCAGCGUGAUCACCAACUUCGAAGUUACACUCUGAAUUCUGUUUCAUAUGAAUUCUUGGGAGAGCAAAAAGAAGACGUUCAUCAUACCAUGAUCACAGAGUUGUUCAACGGAACGCCUGACUCACGGCGACGCUUGGCGGUGUAUUGUUUGAAAGAUGCCUAUCUGCCGCAACGUCUCAUGGACAAGCUGAUGUGCUUGGUCAACUAUACCGAAAUGGCAAGAGUUACAGGUGUUCCUUUCAAUUUCCUCCUUUCUCGAGGACAGCAGGUCAAAUUCAUCAGCCAGCUGUUCCGCAAAGCCCUCGAACAGCAACUUGUUGUUCCAAACUCCAAGUCUAAUGACGAACAAGACUAUGAGGGUGCGACUGUCAUUGAACCAAAGCGUGGUUACUAUGGCGUUCCCGUCGCAACUCUCGAUUUCGCGUCUCUAUAUCCGUCAAUCAUUCAAGCCCACAACCUCUGCUACACGACCCUGUUAAACAAGCAAAGCGUGGAGAAGCUCAAGUUGGUGAAAGACGAAGACUACAUCGUAACACCCAACGGAGAUAUGUUUGCUACCACUAAGGUUCGCAAAGGGUUGCUUUCUCAAAUUUUGGAGGAGCUCUUGAGCGCACGUAAACGUGCAAAGAAGGAGCUAGCCUUAGAGACCGAUCCAUUCAAGAAGGCUGUGUUGAAUGGUCGACAGCUGGCCUUGAAGAUCAGCGCAAACAGUGUUUAUGGUUUGACUGGAGCUACCGUCGGGAAGCUUCCAUGUCUACCCAUUGCCAGUAGUACAACCAGUUACGGGCGUCAAAUGAUUGAGCGGACCAAGCAAGAGGUGGAGGCGCGCUACACAAUCGCCAAUGGCUAUUCUCAUGAUGCUCAGGUCAUUUACGGUGAUACUGAUUCGGUGAUGGUGAAAUUUGGAGUGACUGAGCUGGAGGAUGCCAUGAAACUCGGCGAAGAGGCCGCGGCAUAUGUGUCAUCAAAGUUUCUCAAUCCCAUCAAGCUGGAAUUCGAGAAGGUCUACUUCCCCUAUCUGCUGAUCAACAAGAAGCGAUACGCUGGUCUUUAUUGGACCAACACGAAGAAGUAUGAUAAGAUGGAUACCAAGGGCAUAGAGACUGUGCGCCGUGAUAACUGUCUGCUGGUUCAGAAUGUCAUCGAGACUGUCUUGAACAAGAUCCUUAUUGACCGAGACAUCGAUGGUGCGCAAGAUUAUGUCAAGUCGACCAUCUCCGACCUUCUCCAAAACAAGGUAGAUAUGUCGAAGCUGGUCAUUACCAAAGCCUAUGCGCAAAAGGAAUAUGCUGCGAAGAUGGCACACGUUGAGCUUGCCAAGCGCAUGGCGAAACGCGAUGCCGGUUCCGCCCCUGCGCUUGGUGACCGUGUCGCCUAUGUGAUGAUCCGUGGAGCAACCAACUCGAAGGGAUAUGAACGAGCCGAAGACCCGAUUUACGUAUUGGAGCACAACAUUCCUGUCGACACAAAGUACUACCUGGAAAACCAACUUGCAAAUCCACUCGGUCGUAUCUUCGAGCCCAUCUUGGGUGAGAAGAAAGCAAACCAAUUGCUUACAGGCGAGCAUACUCGGUCUAUCUCUGUUGCUGCGCCCAGCUUGGGUGGUCUGAUGAAGUUUGCCAAACGGACACAAACUUGCAUGGGCUGCAAGAAGCCACUUUCAGGCAAGGAAGAGAUGGAAGGUGCGGUUUGUUCGAACUGCAGUCCUCGAAUUGGCGAACUAUACACCAAAGCUUUGACCAAGGUAUCGGAUCUUGAGGUCCGCUUUGGUCGUCUCUGGACACAGUGCCAGCGCUGCCAAGGUAGUCUGCAUUGCGAGGUGAUCUGCUCGUCACGAGAUUGUCCUAUCUUCUACAUGCGGAUGAAAGCCAAGAAAGAUGUGGAGGAUUCUCAAAAAGAGCUGGCUCGGUUUGAUCAUGAUGCUGCGGCUUGGUAA